UAGGAAUCGCCGCUAGCUUAGGGUCGACACUCUACUGAUGGUGGAUUAAUUGAUUUGACGGUAAACACGCUAUCGAUUCAUGAUGAGGGAGGGGGAAGUGGUCUGCAGCCGAGGCCCAAUUUCCGGCAAACGUCAUGAGCAUAAUUAUUUGCCCUUCCCAAGCCGAGUCAUUCUCGCGGCCGCCCUACAUAUAUCGAUGUCUCAGAAAUCGACUCUAAACCUAGACCUCUUCUGCCCUUCCCAUAGUCGGAUCUCGUGUCUCCUAUAUAAAAUUCGAGGCUUCGUACUUUGUCGCAACACCGCCCCUCCUUUUCUCGAUUACUGUGUCAAACAACAAGGUUUCGCUCCUUUACCCUCGUCUCCCUAUCUUUGUGGACAUCAUCACAACGCGUCGACUCGGAACUGAAUCCCCUUGCAUCGUACCAAUUAUACGUCAGUCAGGCACAGUGUGAAGACUUCAUUGCAAAAUGCCUCACUCUAGCAACCUUGAGGAAAAGAAGGAAGUGGCAGUCUCCGCUGCCAUACAGCAGAGUGAUAACAUAGCGCAUGCAUUGGCUGGCGCGGGAGGUGGCAUCCUCUCAAUGGUGUUGACCUAUCCGCUCAUCACUCUUUCAACAAGAGCCCAGGUUGAAUCCAAGCGGGCUCAUUCGACCAUUUAUGAUGCGAUUCGUCGCAUCGUUCAGAGGGAAGGAUUUGCCGGUCUAUACUCGGGCCUUGAGUCUGCACUUUUCGGCAUCAGUGUUACCAAUUUCGUCUACUAUUACUGGUAUGAAUGGACUCGUUCGGCUUUCGAAAAAGCGGCCAGAAAGGCAGGAAGCGCAUCUAAAAAACUCACGACCGUCGAGUCCAUGAUUGCUGGUGCUAUCGCAGGAAUUGCCACAGUCAUGAUCACCAAUCCGAUCUGGGUGGUAAACACUAGAAUGACGGCCCACAAGUCUGAUUCAGACCAGGAGUCAUUGCCCGGUGCUCCUUUCAGAAAGAGGCGUGCGUCAACGAUAGCUACUCUGAUGGACUUACUGCGCCGCGAGGGCCCCAAAGCUCUUUUUGCCGGCGUUCUGCCAGCUCUCGUACUGGUUAUCAACCCUAUCUUACAAUACACGAUUUUUGAGCAAUUGAAAAACAUUGUUGAGCAUCGCAGGCGUAUGACACCAAGAGAUGCGUUCUACUUGGGCGCGCUCGGUAAGAUACUCGCUACUUCGAUAACUUAUCCUUAUAUCACAGUCAAGAGCCGCAUGCAUGUUGCAAGUAAUGAAGGCCCCAAAGAGAGCUUGAAUGGUAGCUUGAAGAGGAUCGUUCAGGAAGAAGGUUACGUUGGCUUAUAUAAAGGUAUUGGGCCCAAGGUAACGCAGAGUGCAAUUACUGCAGCAUUCUUAUUUGGAUUUAAGGACGUCUUAUACGAAGCUAUGGUUUCCAUCCGGAAGAGGGGUCGCGGGAUUUCAAAAUAGAGAUGGUGUGUUGCUUUUCGGAAGCAUUGGUCCUUAGGAGCGUCUGUAGGCGCGUUGUACAAUCACUACGGCUAUUGAGUAUUUGAUGAUCCCUGUAGUUUCUCUUAUUACCCUGCCAGCUUGUAUAUAUGUGGAACCUUGACCUGGCUUUGGA